AGGGACUCAGCAGCCAUGUGAGACAGCGCAGCUCCUCUUACAAGUGAGAGAGAGGGAGGGUUAGAGAGAAAAACAGAAUAGAAAAAGCGACCAAAUAGAGGUUGGUAAAACACAGAAAAGGAGAUAGAAAAGACAUGAAGACAAGAAUAUAAGGUGGAGAGUAAAAAAAGUAAAAUCAAACUUCUGAGGCAAUGAAAUAGUUCUACAGACAAGUGGAUUAGAACUAAACUAAGUAAACCUUACUAGUGGUAUAUUUAUUUAAGCCUGACCCUUGGAAUCCGAAGUGUACAGAAACGGUGGCCUUAGAGACAAGGAAGGAUUAUUUUCAAGAGGAGAUAUAAUACAACAAGAGUAGCGAUGAGAGCAGGGCAGAGAGGGUAACAGCCAAUAAAGUUAUGGAAACAUAAGAGAACAAGGAACAGGACAAUGUGGAACAAUAAAACAGAAUUUUCGUAUCCACUUUUUCCCCAGUAAUACUUGGCACAAAAGUGACGACCAAGGCCCAUGCUGGCCUGUUUUCUUGAUUCCUCAGCACCCACAGCAUGUCCCACUCUUCCUCUACCCUCAAGAGAUAUACAGAUACAUCUUAUACCAAAAGUUAUGGGAGCUUCAGCUCAUACACCUCCAAUCUCAAUUCAUCCUACAUUGACCGUGAUAAAAUCCCAUAUAAGACAAGUUUUGGUAGCUCAUAUCUUUCCAGUUCCCCACAUCUCCGAUCCUACCCAGAGUUGGAGCGAAGCCUUCCUCGUCUAGAUGUAACUAGCAAAAGGACUGACAUUGUGGGACGUUCUACAUCCAAAUAUGGGACGAGUAAUUUCCCCACAUACUCCUAUGGCUACAACACUACAUACUCACCCAUUACAGCCUCUCCCGUCACCUCUCUGACACGCAGAAAGUCCUCCAGUCACACAGACCUGUCCCAUGGACUUUCAGAGUUGCGGGCUUCUGAUACUUACUACUCUCCCAGUCCAGCACUGACCUGCAGCCGUCUUGAAGCCGAUGGAAACUAUCGAGUUUCUAGAACCACAAAUCUCAGUGAUGUCAGUGAUAUAUAUGGAAAAAAACGGGGAAGCACCAAUGGGUAUGGAAUUUCCCGUACUACUGUUCAAGACCCAGCACCUUCUUCUCCAAAGUCCAACACACGCUUCCUUUAUAGCUAUGAUAAAAAGGAGGAACCAAGUAGCAAAGAGGAGAAAUCUUCCAAACACGUACAGGGUCUAGUUGGCCUUCGGAAUCUGGGUAAUACGUGUUUUAUGAACUCCAUACUGCAAUGUUUAAGCAAUACCAAGGACCUACGAGAUUACUGUCUGCAGAAUUCAUAUCGUCGAGAUCUGAGUUCAAAAAAAUGUAAUACUGCAAUUAUGGAAGAGUUUGCACGAUUGCUCCAGGCAAUUUGGACUAGUUCAGCCAAUGAAGUAGUGAGCCCUUCUGAGUUCAAAACUCAGAUACAGAAAUAUGCUCCUCGCUUCAUGGGAUAUAACCAGCAAGACGCUCAGGAAUUUCUACGAUUUCUCUUGGAUGGUUUACACAAUGAAGUCAACAGGGUAACAGUCAAACCCAGACCUUCCAGCCAGGAUUUGGACCAUAUGCCUGACUCGGAGAAAGGCAAACAUAUGUGGAAGCGAUAUCUGGAGAGGGAGGACAGCAGAAUUGUGGAACUGUUUGUUGGCCAGCUGAAGAGUUCCCUCACCUGCACAGAAUGCGGAUACUGUUCCACUGUAUUUGACCCAUUCUGGGACCUCUCACUUCCAAUAGCUAAGAAGAGUGCCUCUGAAGUAUCCCUCGUAGAUUGUAUGCGUCUUUUUACUAAGGAAGAUGUUUUAGAUGGUGACGAAAAGCCAACAUGCUGCAGAUGUAAAGCUCGCAGAAGGUGCACAAAGAAAUUCACCAUCCAAAAAUUCCCUAAGAUUCUUGUGCUUCAUCUAAAGCGAUUUUCUGAAGGGCGCAUCAGAAGUGGCAAACUCUCCACAUUUGUGAAUUUCCCUCUUAAAGACCUGGAUCUGCGGGAGUUCUCUUCAGAAUCGAACCCUCAUGCAACAUAUAAUCUUUACGCUGUAUCCAAUCACUCUGGAACCACUAUGGGAGGACAUUACACAGCCUAUUGCAAAAACCCAAGUAAUGGAGAGUGGUACACAUUUAACGAUUCUAGAGUCACAGCAAUGUCUUCCAAUCAGGUCAGAAGUAGUGAUGCUUAUGUUUUAUUCUACGAGCUGUCUGGGCCUUCAUCCAGAAUGUAAAGUUGCAACUAUAAGAACUUGCAAACCUGCAGUGGAAUAUUUAAGACUUUACCCAAGCUGCAAUAUCUGGAUAGGACCUAACUGGGACACACCUUCUGCACAGAGCCAUUUGACUAUAUUUUUAUACUAUACUUUUAAUUCCAUAGUUUGUGUAUGGAAUAAACAAAACCAGCAUUUUAUACAGAACCAUUGUCUGCCUUACAAAAUGACACGAAAAGGAAAAGUGCUAAGUAUUGGACCAGUGGUGGACCAGUGGGAUAAUACAGGCUGAGCACCUUAAGUAUCAGAGCUUAAUUAUGCAUGAAGAAUGAAUUGUGUCGUUCAGACUAGAUUAUGUUGCAGAUAUUUUAUAUAAUUCACCUUCUGAUGUUGGCAAAUGGUAGCACGGCUCAGUGGUUUAAGUCGUGCAUUGAAAGGAGCUGCAGUUGAGAUAUUCUUCUUAUUUAUUAUUGUGAAAAAAUUGAAAAAGGUAAAGUAUCAGUUACACUAACUGAGAAAUAAAGAAAUGUAGUACUAUCAAGCCUUACUCAGGAAAGGAUUUCAUCUAUAAAAAUAUUUAAGUGUAAGUCUCACUAAUUGGAAUGUCAAUUUCAUUUGGUUGAAAGUCUUACUCAUUGGGGGCCACUUUUUGGAAGAGCAGUGUAGUGUGGAUGUCCCACUUUGGAUGGUCAUUGUACAUAAUGUUAUCUGUCUGAGGUGCUGUGUGUUUUAUUGUUUGCUGUAAUUUAUCUGUAACUCGAAGUUUGAACAAGCUUUGUAAAUGAAUAUGGCAGAUCUUGUGAGAGGGAAGGUCUCUCAUUUCAAAAUAAUGCAGUUGGAUUUUAAGGUCCCUGAGAAGAACACAUAGUAGAUAUUUGUCUUUUAAAGGGAUAAGAGAAGCAAAACAAAAGGUAUCUUAGGCCUUAAAACUCUCUCUUUAUACUAUAUAUCUAAUUCAGCAAAACUGUAACCUUCAAAGCACUGUCUAUAAGUUCUUAUGAGGGCUGUUACUAGAAGCUAGACUGAGCAAUUAUUUUGUUGCUGUACCAAAAGUAGUGAUGCUUAAGACAAACAAAGAUGUAUUUGAAGUGAACAAAGGCAGUAUUAAAUACAGAGUAUCCAAGCGUAAAGGCGGCAUAACUCUUCCCUAAUCAUGUUUCUCCAUCAACACUGGAGUGGUCAUCUCACUAUGGUCUAGAUUCAGUUUAAUGAGAAAAUUGUAUCUCCUAAUUCAAUUCCAUGUAUCCAGAUGCAAUGCAAUGAGAAAAAAUCAUCUCAUGUUUAUCGCAUGAAAACUCUAUUGAAGUCUAUGGGACAAACUGGAACUGAAUGAGAAGAGUUUUUUUCUCCUCAAAUUGAAUCUCAUCCAUAAGUUUUCAUAUGAUGAACCAAAAAAAUUUUUACCCAUUGAUUUGGAUUUGGCAGGAUAAACAAUAAAAUAAUGUUUUCUCAAAGAACUGAAUCUGUCCCUAUGUUAGAUAACAGCAAAAUGAUAGAUAUAGCAAGAUGGCGAUAUAUAGAAGGAGGUUUAUGUCCCCUAUAACUUUUACUGUUAUAUCAGAGGAUGUUGAUAGUUGUACUACAGCAAGGUCUGGUAAACCGUUGAUGUGCAAAAGUUUUUUCAGUUCCAUCAACUCUGAACACAGGAAUUGGUGCUAUUUUUUUUUUAUUGUUGUUGAAGUGUAAAUUACAGAACAGGCAACCACUGCAUUUUAGGGAACCAUAAUUCAGCAACCGGAGAACCACAGAAUGUAGACAAGGCCCUGUUAGUUUCUAAAAAAAAUUGAUUAAAGACAGCACUGGCGUUACCAAUCUGUUUACCCAUCCCUAAAUAGAGUGUUGAGCCAUGGCCCUGCCCUUAAAUAAAUAAAACAGAAAAUUGAUUUACACCACCCCCAACACACUUUAAUUGUAAUUUAACUGUAAUUUAUAUGUAUUUAUCCAUUCCCCAUCACUGGAAAUAAAAACAUUUCAUAUAUUAGGCUAUGCCUCAAUCUGCCAUGGACAACCCCUGUUGUGCUAAGUCUUAUACCUGCGCGACACCCACACCUGCAGAUUGAUGUAAUCACCUAUAGGCUUGGGCUUAUUUUGGUUACAUUUUCUGUGUUAUUGGGCUUUUGUUCAUAAGAAAUGGUUUCAUUAGGUGUUUAUAUCAAAUCACACGAACUUCCUAGGUAAUACCAUCACAAAUUCACACUUAUAUACAUAAUUGAAGAGAAAAUGAAGCAAAUGUACAACAUUUUCAGUUUGUUUACCAAAUACCACCGCAAAUGGGUUUAAAGAGGAAUCCCAUGUGUGUACAAUGUGCAUAUAAUGUUUGCUCCAUUACUUUGCACCUACACAUUUAACUUCAUUUCCCCAUAACUAAAUUUUUAUUGUGUUAUUUACAGUGGUUAGUAUUGAUACCUGGAAGCACUUGGUGUUCUAUCUGCAUGGGCAUAUUCUCUCCAUGUUUAUAUGCAUCAAUAAUUCCUAAUGAAACUUUUCACAGAGUAUGUAAUAAAGCCAUUAGUCUGUAAGCUCUGCUGGAGAAGGGACUGAUAGAAAUUAGUAAAUAGUUUGUUAUGUUAGUCCUAUAAUUGAACAGUCCACUCAAACAUUAGCUUAUUUAUUUAAAACAGUCAGUUUAUUGAAAGUUAAGAAGACUUAGAUUGUGUGCAUGUCCUAUGCAGAGCUUUGAGCAUGUGAUGAGAAUAUUUGUACAUUUCAGAGCUGUUAGCCAUCUGUGCCAUUAACAGCAUUGUGUUUAAUGGGGAAGAAUUAGCCUACUUGCUGUUGGGAGAAGUGACAGGCUGUUACUGAUAAUGUGCUAAACAUUGCAGUCUGUGCCUGAUGAGUAUAACACUGUGUUACACGUACACAGAAAAUGGUGUGUUUUACCUAUCAUUUUGUGUGAAUAGUCUGGUGGCCUAUCUGUAAGUUAAUUUGGGGUCAACAGCACAUUUUAUGUACAGUGAAUCUUUAUAAAAUUACCACACAGGCAAAUAUCAGGAGGCACUGAGGUGGUGCUUACCAUGUAAGUGUGAGAUUUGUAAUAAGAGCUACAUAUCAGCCUAAAGAACUGUGUGUUUUAUGCAAAUGUAAACUAAUUAUACUCUGUACUCUGCAA